UGAGACACAUGGAAGAAGAGAGACUGUCCACUCUCGCAAGACUCUAAAAUAAGCUGUGAGGAAUUGACUUUUUUGAUUGGACUGGACUCAACAGGCCACGUGAGCACUAUAUUCAUUUGAUUUGGGCUCACGCUCUAACCAAGGUGUUGCGCUACUGAAGAUCAAAAUUACAACUUCACCGCAUGACUAAAACCAUUUUGUUAUUUCUGUUCCUGAUCAACUGGAUAUCAGUUGAGAGGUAACUCUGGAGUACUUGACGGUAGGAGUGAUUGCUCUCCUCAUUUAGUGGAGAAAGAGAUGAAGACACUCUGUGGCUGUUUACUUUUCUGCCUCAGGAGGAUAGAAGAAGUGAAGGAAGCCUGAGGUCAAACAUGCGGCAGCUUGGCUAGAAAUCUCGGACAUUUGGAGGAAAAGGAAAGUUGGGAAUCAGCGCAUAUUGGGAACACUUGCAUGCACACACGAAACCUUCAGUGACUGCUGGACAGAGCUGUGUGCUACCCCAAGCCUGGUCAUUUUUUUAUGAGCCAGGCUGAUAGCGUAAAGCCCUGUGGCUGUGCUCCACUGAGGCAUGAGUGUGGGAAGAGCCCACCACCACCACCACCACCACCACCACAGCUUCUUGUCCUGUGAAGACGAAGGCUUUAGACUAAGUACCAUGCCUGCUGUGGGCAGUUUUGGCAAUGGAAAGAUCCACACAAGACGCAAACAACACAGCCGGUUUGUCAGCAAAACUGGCCAAUGCAACAUCCAUUUCGCAAACAUGGAUGAGAAGUCACAGCGGUACAUAUCUGACAUUUUCACUACUUGUGUGGACAUCCGCUGGCGAUACAUGUUCCUGCUGUUCAGCAUGGUGUUUGUGGUGUCCUGGUUAACAUUUGGCUUUGCGUUCUGGGUCAUUGGCCUGCUGCAUGGUGACAUGGACCAUCCUGGAGGGGAUGACAGUUUUGUUCCUUGCGUCAUGAACGUUAAUACCUUUGUGGCAGCCUUCCUGUUCUCCAUUGAGACCCAGACAACCAUCGGAUACGGAGCUCGCUGUGUCACAGAGGAAUGCCCAGCAGCUGUCUUCAUGGUGGUUUUUCAGUCUAUCAUGGGCUGCAUCAUUGAUGCCUUUAUGAUUGGUGCCAUCAUGGCAAAGAUGGCAAGGCCCAAAAAACGUGCAGAGACGCUACUUUUCAGCCAUAAUGCAGUAAUCGCUAUGCGUGAUGGGAAGCUGUGCCUGAUGUUCAGAGUUGCGAAUCUAAGGAAGAGCCACAUCGUAGAAGCUCACGUACGAGCCCAGAUGGUGAAACCUCGGUACACAGAGGAAGGCGAGUAUAUCCCUCUGGAUCAGAUUGACAUGAACGUCGGCUACGACAAAGGCACGGACCGCUUGUUUCUGGUUGCUCCUCUCACUGUCAUACACGAGAUAGAUGAAGAAAGUCCACUCUUUGGCAUUAGCAAACACGAUCUUGAAACAUCUGACUUUGAGAUAGUAAUUAUACUUGAAGGGCUGGUGGAGGCCACAGCCAUGACGACGCAAGCACGCAGCUCUUACCUGCCCUCGGAGAUCCUGUGGGGUCACCGCUUUGAGCCCGUCAUCUUUGAGGAGAAGAACCAGUACAGGAUAGAUUACGCCUACUUUCACAAAACAUUUGAAGUACCGUCUACCCCCAGGUGCAGUGCCAAAGACAUGGAAGAGAGAAAAUUCCCAACAUCUGGCGCCAACUCCUUCUGCUAUGAGAAUGAGCUGGCCUUCAUCAGCAGGGAUGAGGAGGUUGAGGGAGAUACAGAGAAAGAGCAAGACAGAGAGUGUCCAUCUGAUUUAGUGAAUGAGUCGACCUUUACUGAACACGAUGAAACGUCCUCUCGUAGGGAAUCUGAGAUUUAACCUUUGUCUGUUGCGUGCUUCGAACAUUGUCACAUGAAGAGACCUAUGACUGUCAUUCUGCUGAUAUGAGGACGCCGCUGAAGCAGGUGGAGGACCAGCAUUAAUGAGGAGUGAAACUCGUUGAUGAACAUUUCAGCUCUCCUGAGAUGGUCACCGAGUUUUAUGAAACACAACUGUCAUGUUGCAUUUGCAGAUGUUCCUAGUAAUUAAUUGCAUGACAAUAGCAUAGGUUUGUAUAAAUAUUAUCUCCAAGCUCACCUGGUAGGAACAAAAGUGUAAAUCGAAAGGAGCUAAAAGGUGGAUUUUCUUCUUAAUGAAACUUAAAACUUAUUUGAAUAACAACAACAUUAAAUGCUCUACAUUAAACACUGUCAGUGACUGAUUUGGCUGGUUGGCACAAAUGCAUUUAUGCAGAUUUGAGCUGCAUGUAACAACUGGGCACACAAGACAAGAUAGAGUUAUACAUAUUUCUAUCCAAAAAGGAGAAACACACAUGAUGGUACAUCAUGUAUAAGCUUUGUAUAUAA